AUGUCUCGCCAAAAGUCGCAGCGGGCGGGUGGCAGUGAGAAUGUAAACGUCGAGGACGACGAAGAGCAUCCACGGCCCACGUCGAGCGACAACGGCGAUGCAACCCAGAAGUCGUGGAUGAACACCUACUGGGACAGCAUGAUGAAUGAGGAGAUGGACAUGAACCAGGUCCCCAUCUUCCUUCCGUGGCGCAUUGGUCUCUUCCUGCUGACGAGCACCUUCACUCAGAACAUGAACUACGUACUCGGCUCUUUUGCCACGACGAACUACUCUUCGUGGACGACGGCGCAGCAGAAGCAGUUCUACUCGCUGUCCUACAAUAUGCUCUACCUGGGCCCGGUGUUUGGUCUGAUCGUCGACCUCAUUCGCGUUCGGCGCGAGCGCUUCCGUCCAGUCAUCAUCAUGGCCUGCGUCAUCAACGCCAUUGUCUGCUUCGUAUGCUUUGCGACCAAGAAUAUUGAGAACCACUACAGCAGCAUGCUCGUGCUGGCCUGGAUCAUGCAGGUGGCAACGAUGUUCAUCUACAUGCCCAUGAACGCCGUCGUGAUCAACUACGGCAACCGCCUUGUCGAGUCGCCUCAUGAAACGUCGGCUCGCAUCGGUGGUCUGAUGUCACAGGCGAUGGUGUGGCGCACGGCAGGCUCUCUGAUACAGACCAUCUUCUACCAGUGUGCUUACGGCGACGCGACGAAGCCGUACGUCAACAACCGCUGGAUGUGUCUUAUCGCCGGCAUCUGCUGCUGCCUGCUCAUUCUCCAGGUUCUCGUCCUCACGAAGCGCUACUACUACACGGACUACCGCAGGACCUGCGUCCGCACCUCCGAGCCCGUCGUCUUUUACCGCAACACGCUUAACAUGGGCAAGAGGGCCAUCUCCACUCACAAGGAAGCCUUUGGCGGGCGGUUCAUGUUCAUUCUGUGCUUCACGUUCAUCUACUUUAUGCUGCCGGACGCGUUGUACAAUACCAAGUUCUCCUUUGAAUACCAGUUCACCAAAACCUUCUCGCUGGGUCUUAGCCAGGCCAACUCCAUUCUGGGCUCGCUCGGCGCCCUGCUCGGGGCGCUUGCGUACGCGUUGUGGAUGUACUUUGCACAGCACUCCGAGGCCUCGCACGGUCGUAUGUUUCGCGUCAACCCCUUCAUCAUCUGCCUCGCCGGCUGCAGCGCUUGGGCUUUUGGUACCUUUGUCCACUUCUGGGGCGUGAUGGGCAGCACCAACGGCAAGUUCAGCUACAAGGUCUUCAUUCCCAUCGAGUCGGUCUUUGUGAGUGCCUGCCUCCGCUUUGCCUUCAUGCCGACACUCUCGCUGGCGGCUAUGCAGGCGCCGCGCUUCUACGAAACAGCAGCGUUCCAGCUCUACAGCGUCAGCGUCUCCGGCGGCGGCGUGGUGAGCAGUGCCGUCACGGCAGUCUUCAUGUCGAGCUUGGGUGUUACCGAGGUGAAUGGCUAUUGGAAGGCGCUUCUCCUCUUCAUGCUCUUUCAGUUUGUCCCGAUGGUCAUUGCGCCGACCCUGCCCAAGUUUCGCGAGGACGAAACCCUGCCAGUUGCACGGGAGAACGACGAGUCCCUGGAAGCGGGCCAGGUGCAGUGGCGCGAGCCGAGCACCUACAGCACCAAGCCCGCUGACGUUCGCGUGACAUAG